GCAGGUGAGCCAACACAAAACUACCAACACACACGUCACUCUAGAACGAUGGAGUGUCCGGGCAAACUAGACCUAUCGGUUAUUAUUCCUCUCCGACGCGAAUUCGUGUUUUAAAAAAGGGGGAAAAUUAAGAAAUAUGACACAUUCAUCCCGAACUAUAUCUUAAAAAAGCACUGAAGUGAGAAUGGGUUAAGCUUAAAACUUGGCAAACUGUCCAAGUGAAACGUGGAUAGGUCUAAUUGCAGCCAGUUACCCAAUUUCAAGUCGACUUGUUUAUUCUGUGCGAACGAGCAAAGUGACAAUCAGGAACUGUUGUCAAGAAACGUCUUUAACUUUAUAUCAAUUAAGAAGAGACCUUCCACAAACGCAGAUCCGGUUAACACUACAGAAACGAGAGAUCGAUAAAGCGACCUCUCAUUUACAACUUAGCAGCAGACACCGAAACUCGUCAUUAACGUAUUUCAAGGACAGUUUCUCAUUUUGUGUUUUCCAAAUUAAUUUCAGUGGAAACUUUACAUUGAAAGUCCUGCAUUGAAAGGAUUCCCUUGGCCGUUAGAAAUACAUCGUUGAACAAUGUCUAAGCACGGAUAUAUUGCGCAAUAUGGGUAUAGAGGCACCGUCCCUCGACCGACCACCAGGUACCUGCACUAGGAGAAGAAGGAGAGGAACCACGAAUCUCGGAACUCAGGCGUCUCGCAGUCUCCUGAGCGGGCAGGCGGGCGGCGGCUUUAUCGUGACCUAUAGGGCGGCGGGGGACAUUUUGACCUAGCACAGGGCCACCAGAGGUGGGGCAUGGGCAGCUGGCGUCCUCCUCGGAACUACUAUGGCUGUCAGCAUGAACAGAUACGUCACGCUGAGCGAACUCGGUACUGGCACUUACGGCUCCGUGAUGCUCGGGCAGAGGAUAGACACCGGCGAGAAGGUCGCCAUCAAGAGAAUGAAGAGAAAAUUCUAUUCCUGGGAUGAAGCUAUGAAUCUUCGGGAAGUCAAAUCCCUGAAGAAACUCAGCCACGCCAACGUCGUCAAGUUGAAGGAAGUGAUCAGAGAGAACGACACCCUCUACUUCGUCUUCGAGUACAUGAAGGAGAACCUCUACCAGCUCAUGAAGGAAUAGCUCUUCCCGGAGCCCAUGAUCAAGAACAUGGUCUACCAGGUGUUGCAAGGUCUUGCCUUCAUGCACAAGCACGGUUACUUCCACAGAGACAUGAAGCCUGAGAACUUGCUCUGCAUGGGACCAGAUCUCGUCAAAAUCGCCGAUUUCGGUCUGGCCAGAGAAAUUAGGUCCAGACCUCCCUAUACGGAUUACGUCUCCACUAGAUGGUACAGAGCUCCAGAGGUGCUGCUCAGAUCGACCAACUACAGCAGUCCGAUCGACAUGUGGGCGGUUGGAGCCAUCAUGGCGGAGAUCUACACCUUCCGGCCGCUCUUCCCGGCCUCGGAAAUCGACCAGAUUUUCAAGAUAUGCUCCGUUAUCGGCACUCCCGAUAAGCGUGAUUGGCCGGAGGCUUACUCUCUGGCGCAGCAGAUGAACUUCAAGUUCCCGCAGUUCUCGGCCACGCCGCUGACGACGCUGAUUCCGAAUGCUUCUGCCGACGCCAUCCAGCUCAUGAGCGAGAUGAUGAGAUGGAAUCCCGCUAGGCGCCCCACGGCACAACAAAGUCUCAGGUAUCCUUAUUUCAAGGAUCACAACCCAGAGAUCAACAACCUGUCCUUCGCCCUUGGGAACUCCAGGAUCUCCGAGCAUUACGGGAAGGACGAAGGCCGUGGCAGGGCAGACAGAUCCGACUUCAACGGCAGACUCAAACCUGGAGGAGGAGGGGAAGCCGGUGCCGACGACGCCGUGGGGGGCGUGACCAUCGGCAGAGGUGUGAAACCCAGCGUCUCGUUUGCCCCGGGGGCGGGGGGGAUCACCACCAGACUCAACAAUAACAACAACAACAAUAACAACAGCACAACCUCACAGUCGAACGGGAUGAGCGCGCACCGCCCCAAAAUCGGUCUCGACCUCGACCUUGGCACGAAGGGUCAAGGUCAUCACGACCACCCGACCCCCCUCCCCCCUCCCCUGCACUUGCAGCCGUCCGUGAGACGACUAGGGGCGUUCGAGGGAGGCGUCCUGGGGGGCGGAUACCGAACCCUGCAGAAGCCCCUGGGGUACACGAAGGCCCCCCGAGAGAAUAACUUUUUCCCCAGUGCCAAAUAUAGGUCGUCCUUCAACGACACUUCCGCCAACGCUUCCAACGAGAAAUAUGGCGAUUUGGGGGAAAUUAGCAUUAAAGGUUUUGGCAACUUGAGAGCCGUGAGCCGCAGCAUGCCGGGCUCCCUGGUGUCCGUGCAGGCCGGAGGAGCAGGAGCAGUGAACUCUUCGACUUACAGGACGCACAGCUUCCCGAGUACCACCAACAACUCGUCCUACUCUUCGGCUGUAGCGAACCGCUCCAACAGUGCCAACCCCAGCGUUACCGGCAGGACGAACUGGGCUGCCAAGUACCUCAAGUAAAGCGAACGGAAAAAUGUUCAUUAUCGAGAAUGAAACCACAUGGAGAAACAACAGACCCCCUACCACACCACGAGGACGACAGCUUUCAAAACAACAAUGCGCUUGAAACAAUACGCCUUGAGAGCUCCGCUGACAGAAGAGACAAG